AUGCAAACUACUUCUCAAGCGCGCUUUAACGCGUUUAUUGAAUCAAAAUGUAACGGACGCGCCCUGACGCGUCGUAAUAUGUCGCGUUUAAACGCAUCUGAGGGAACGACCUAUAAAGUCGCGUUUAGACGCGCUUUUGCAUAAAAGUUUGAAUUGUCGCGCUUAAACGCGUCGUAUUGUACGGCGUUUAGUCGCGUUGCAGCUACUGUACUUAAAAGGACGCGUUGUUUUCGCCACAAUUUUCAAGACGCGCUUAGUAUAGACGCAUUUAGACGCGUUUGCUCACUAAUACCAAAUAAAACGGGUGAUUACACGUUUUUUCAAGAAAAAGUUCUAAAACACGUUUAGUCGCGUUCGUACAGGGCGCGUUUUAACGCGUUUGCCAAGUUUUUUCAAAAUUAGCCGCGUCCAGACGCGUUUCUUCAGACGCACCCAAGUUACAUGGGUAUUCUUUCCGAAUAUUACAGGAUAGACGAAAAGAGAAAAAACGGUAACGCAUAGAGAUUCCGGUAGCAAAGUUACGCGUUUUGCAUGUAUAGCUUUUAUCGUAUCAUAAACAGUGUAGCAUAUAUUCAGUAUGAACGGAAACACCUGACGAUUAUUUAUCUCAAAGCAGAAACGGCAGUUUUCUAGAAAAAAUAUACUCAUUUUAUGACACUUAUUAUAUGAUAACUAAAGCAAAUAUCCGAAAACUAACUUCAGAUGUGUCAUCUACAAUGCCUGCACUUUCGAAACAUCUUUUCCGGAAAUCUGUACGAUCAGAGAUAACCGAGAACGAGCGUCUAACUCGAUCAAGAAGAAGCAGUGUGGAAAGAAAGACAGAAAGAAAGAAGAAUUUUGCUAGGCAACGCUCGAAACUAAACAGACAUUGUUUCACUCAGUCGACGUAAAGAAAGAACUAGAUGCCAACUUCCCUACGGGCAGAUUGGAAGAUUGUUUGAAUCCCUUAAAUACGAUUAGAACACUGCAAUGCUCUAGCAGUAAACAUAUGAUGCAUUCUAUCGGUAAUAAUGUUUCAGGGUAUAAAUGCAUCAAACUAUACAGAAGUAUAGAAUGAUAAGUAACACGUGACUAUAAUUAUCUCACAGAAAAGUUAUGGAAAAUAUGCUCAACUUGUGAGACUCAUUACUUAAUAAUUAAAAUAUGUAUCGAAAAUAUAAGCUCAGCUGUUUCAUCUACCUCUCUUGCACCCUCGAAUGAUCUUUUCCCCAAAUUUGUACGAUUAGUGUUAGCUGAGAACGUGUGGUUGAUUCGAAGGAGAAAGUAUCCCUAGUGAAUGUACUGAGCUAAGGGUACCUGAAAAAGUACCCUGCUACUAGUAUGUCACAGGAACUUUCGGGUACUGAAGUACCUUAAAGUACUUUUAGGUACGUAUAAGGUACUCGGGCGGG